CUUUAUAUAAACACCCACCACUGUUCUUCAAAGCCUUACAAACUGAGGGUUGGUGGGUGCCACGACUUGAGCCACCGAAGUCAUUAUUGGCAUUCCGGAACAAUGGCCUCAAGCGCCGCCGCAGACGGGCUCUUUCGACCGAUCUACGAGGGCAGCAUCUCCGCCUACGACAACGACGUAGAGCGCCGCCCCUAUCACCGGAACUGCAGCUGCGCGCUCCACAGCAAGUCUGGCCGCGGCAAACCCUGCCGGAACAAGUCUCAGCGCUGCAACAGCGUUUCAUAUCCGAUGAGGCGGGCCUGGAGCGAAGGGAGCUUGCUCUUGUCGACCUCCGCGCAUUCCUCUCCCUCUUCCUCCCCCGCCGCGCCCAGGCCUCAACACGAAGAAGAGGGAUAUAGUAACAAAUUAGAGGUUUUAUUUGAGAUGUAAUGUAAGCAUUAACCACCCUCUUUUUUGAUAAAAAAAUAACUCUUCUUUUCAUUUUUGAAUAAUAUGAGUCCUUUUCAUUUGUUCAAGGUUGUCGUGUCGUGGGUUUGUAUUCAUCUAUAUGCCAUUUUGGUUCUGGGGAUUCCUGAUCAAUUUGGUUGGUUCUGAAUCCCAUGAUCAAGUUCUUGUAAGGAGAAGCUAAUUAUUUUUUAUUAAUAUAUUGAUCUUUUAGUGUA